AUGGGCAAUCCAGGGAGUGCCAGCGAAAGCGCCGGUACGAAUACGCCCCAGUCGUCGGAGAAGCCCCCAAACUCUGGGCCCCAAUACCCGCCACCUUAUCAGGACGACAUUGACGCGCGGCAUGAGCUGGAGGCAGACGCCGCGAAGGCCAAUGGCGGCAGCUUUGAUCUAGUAAAUCGAGACAUAGAGCUGGGUAAUGUUCCGCUGCUCCCUGCCGAGGAAUAUGAUUUCGAAGACAGCGAUUCGGAAUUCGAUUUUGAGGAGGCGGAUGAACACCAGUUUAGGCGCGAUCCGCCUUUUUCAUGCACGUUUGCGGGCUUCUGUGCUUGGCUGCGUGGGCCCUCGCCGCCACAUGUUUAUCAUAUCAACCCUUGGUUUCCACGUUGGCAUGCUGCGCCCACGCGGUUGAUUGAUCGAUUGGUUCCGCGCAUGGGAGCCAAAAUCGGCUUGCUUUUCCUUGGGCUGGUGUUCUGGAUUGUCGUUUUUUUUUCGUCGCUUAAAGCCUCUGUGGCGGGCCAAGAGGUUCUGGGCUAUGGACAGCCGGUCAAGUUGUCUUGUAAUCACCGCUUGUGGAAUAAUGCCACUGACUGCGGAAUCAAUGGCGAUCUCUGCCAACCAUUUGACGCUCAAUCAUUUGCUUUUCGCUGUCCUGCGGGCUGUGCCCAGGAAAUGCUUUUGGAGCCGUACUAUGUCGGUGGCGAGGAGUAUAAUUAUCGUCCGCUAGUCAUUGGUGGUAAGCCGUUUCGAUUGGACGGUCACAAUAGUGGAAUCUAUCGCGGUGACUCGUCCAUUUGUGCAUCCGCCCUCCAUGCAGGCAUGAUCAGUGAUGCAAAGGGAGGGUGUGGCAUUUUGCGUCGCCAGGGCAUGCGGGAUAAUUUCCAAUCGUUCGUACAAAAUGGCAUCGAGAGCAUUGAGUUCUUGUCAUAUUUCCCCAUGUCAUUUGUUCUCAGCAAAGAGGCUUCCUCGUCAGGAGCUAGCUCCGCGAAACCGGUUGAGUGCUCCGAUAUCCGCUGGCCGCUUUUCGCAUUCACCGUUUUGACAACGGUCGUCUUCUCCAUGACCGUCACGUCUGCCCCGGUCUUCUACAGCAUCAUAUACUUUAUAGUUUGGUUCCAGGUUGCCAUGGCGUCUGACCCGCCAACAUCGGGGUACUACAAUCUCGUCUCCGUGGGCUUGGGUCGCUUCCUCCCAGGCGCAUUUGUCGGUUUCGCCCUAUACUAUUUCUGCGUCCGACACACUCUCCAGAAUCUCGACGCUCACAUCGAUAAGACUAUCUUCUGGCUCGGCGGGUGCUGGGUCGGUGCUUUGAACACCAAUACCUUCGACCGGAUCCCCAUCUCCCGUCUCACGCCACAUGACAUCCAGCAACAGCCCGGCGCUGUGACUGCUCUUGUCAUGAUAGUCGGAUUCCUUAUCGCAGUCUUCUUCCUCCAAGCGCAUGCUUUCCGUCGCGAAGGCAACCUACUGUCGAAACUGAGACUAUACGGCUUCUUCGUCCUGAUCAUUCUCAUCCUCAUCGCUGUCCCGCACAUGAACCUCCGCAUCCACCAUUACAUUCUCGCCCUCGUCUUCCUCCCAGGAACAACCCUGCAAACCCGGCCAAGUCUUCUCUUCCAGGGAAUCCUGAUUGGUCUGUUCAUCAACGGCAUCGCUCGUUGGGGAUUUGACUCUAUCCUCCAAACUCCCGCAUCCCUGCUAGAUGGUGGUAAGCUCGGCACCGUGGCCCCGGUCAUCAGCCCGCCCACCAUGGUGGGUCCAGACCAUCUCGUUUUCUCGUUCCCCCAGAUUCCGGCGAAUGUAGACGGGAUCAGUGUUAUUGUGAAUGACGUCCAGCGGUUCCAGCAGCUGAAAGGGAAAGAUCAGGCGGGCGUCCCUGAUUUCCCGUGGACGAGAGCUCGCCCGAAUGCAAUUGAGUAUUUCCGGUUUGGGUAUGUGCAUCUCAAUUCGCUCGGGGGUGUUUGGUAUGAGGAUUUCUCGAAUCCGGCAACCUGGAUGCCGGGUGGGAAUUAUUCCUAUUUGGAAUAA